CAAAUAGUAAAAGCAACUUUUCGCAAAUUAUUAAAAGUAUCAAACUAUCGCAUUACGGUUUCAUUUCUGUAGCAAACCCUAAUCUACAGUUUUAAUUAAUUGCUCUUACAAACAGAUCUGCGAUUCGUCUCAUAGUCAAAACUAAGUCCCUCUUUCAGAAGGGCGAGAAAGAGAAAGAGUCGAUGGAUGAUAGUUGUGCUGUUUGUGCUGAGGCACUUGAGUGGGUUGCGUAUGGAGCAUGUGGCCAUCGGGAGGUCUGUUCAAAUUGCAUUAUUCGUCUCCGUUUCAUUUGCAAUGAUCGAUGUUGUUGCAUCUGCAAAUCUGAAUCUAGUAUCAUCUUUGUCACCAAGGCUCUGGGAGACUAUACAUGUAUGAUAAAUGACUUCUCUACUUUCCCAGCCAAUCCAAUUGAAGGCCAAGUUGGGCAGUACUGGUUUCAUGAAGAUGCACAGGCAUUUUUUGAUGAUAUGGACCACUACAAGAUGUUAAAGGCCAUGUGCAAGCUAUCUUGCAAUAUUUGUGAUAGAAAGAAUGAACAAAGGAAUGGAGGACCAAAAGGAACGGGAGAUUUUAAUAGCAUUGAGCAGCUGAAGAUCCAUCUAUUCCACCAGCAUAGGCUGUUUAUGUGCAGUUUGUGUUUGGAGGGCAGGAAGAUUUUUAUAAGUGAGCAAAAGUUGUAUAAUAGAGCAGAAUUGAAUCAACAUGUGAAGACUGGUGACACGGUGAUAGAUGGCAGUGAAAGUGAAAGAGGUGGAUUUGUGGGCCAUCCUACGUGUGAAUUCUGCCAGAAUCCGGUCUAUGGGGAUAAUGAGCUUUAUUUGCAUAUGUCCACUGAGCAUUUUACUUGCCAUAUAUGCCAAAGGCGGCAUCCAGGACAAUAUGAGUACUAUAAUGAUUAUUAUGACUUGGAGAUCCAUUUUCGUCAAGAACAUUUCUUAUGUGAAGAUGCAGCCUGCCUGGAAAAAAAGUUCAUUGUUUUUGCAACUGAAUCUGAAAUGAAGAGGCAUGACACCAUGGAACACAGAGGCUGCAUGUCUCGGUCCAAGCGAAAUGCUGUCCUACAGAUACCAACAAGCUUCCGGUAUCAACGAAGUGUUGAACAAGAUCGGCGGGGUAGGGGUCAUGGAAAGCGGUUUAACUCAUCAGACAUUCAACUUUCAAUGGCCAUUCAAGAUAGUGUUGAGACAUUUAAUGCUGUCAGGUUUUACGAUAUUUCUUCGAACACCCAAACAAUCUCAAGUCGCAGAGAAACAAGUAACAUGGAGUCUACUGACCCUUUUGAGUUGUUAGCCACUACAAAUUCCAGCCCAUCUUCAGGACAGGGUCAAGUUUUGGGGCAAAAGUCUGCAAGCACUCUGCUGGAAGAAUCUUCCUUUCCCCCACUUCCCAUGGCCCCGAGCAGCAGUAGAAGAAGAUCGAGAAAUGUUUUUGGGUCAAAUGCAAACACAAUGGCUGCUCGCCUGCGUCACCGUAAUGCUGUAAAAGUUCUCUGUUCUUCUCGAGCUUUGCCAGCAGCAAGUAAUCAUCCUAACACAUCAGCUAGCAUUUCCUAUCAGUCAAGGCCUGUGUAUGAUUCUGGCCCUUUAUCAUCAUCUAGUUCUCCAAAUGUUUCACAGAAUAAGCUGUUAACUAAUGAUAAUCCACCAUCUAGUCAUGCGAGCUCCAUUCAAUCUAGAUCGUCAAAGGCUAAUGACCUUGUUUCAUCUGUUAAUCUAGCAAGUUCUUCAAGGACUUCAAGUAGCACCAGAAAGGUCGGCCACUCUUCUUCAGUUCCAAACCUUGUCAAAAGAGAGACUAUUGACAAAAUAAUUUCUGACUCUCAAAUUGACAAGGCAACCAUAAGUAAAUAUCCGCCGUUGAAAGUUGAAGAUGUUCAAUCUGCUAGUAAGGUUUUAGUGGAAAAAAUCCUUGCCGCAUUAGAUUUUGAUGAGGACAAAUUUGCUGCAUUUAAAGUGAUAUCUGUGGAGUAUCGCCAGGAUUUAAUUGACACUGCAGAAUAUCUUGUUUAUGUUCACCAAUUUGGUCUAGCACAUCUGGUUUUUGAGCUAGCUGUACUUUGUCCCAAUGCUCAGAAGCAAAGAGAGCUUAUUGAGAUUCAUCAAUAUAAUACAAGAAGGAAUGGUUCUAGUGAAAAUGGCUUGAGCAUGGAUAAUGGUCAGCCCAAAAGUAAGAAAAGCACAAAGAAGGGUAAAGAGAAGUGGGAAGAUAGUGGAGUCUGUUGCUCAGAAAAUGCCCUGGCAGGAAGUCUUAGUAGUGGGAUAAUGAAAUUGCAGAUAAAUCAUGUGCAAGAGGGGGUCUUAUCAGAAGAUAUGUCUCAUUCUGCAAAAGGCAAAUCAAAGAUUGCGGUUGAUGAACAAGCUAACUUAAAUUUAUCAAGGGAGCCAAGGAACGUGAAUGAUGCUCAAUCAGCUAACGGUGGCUCAAUACAGAAUGUGGGACCAGAAGGAGGAGGCAAUAAACCUCGAAAAAAAGGGUCGAAGUUCCUUAAGAAUCGCCUUGGUGAAGCUUCAGCUACUGCACUUCCAGAGAACAGCAGUCUUGAUAUGGGUGUUGAUGAGAAUGAGGGAAAAACAUACCGGAAGAAGCACCUGCCUGAAAUACUACCAGUCCAUGGAGUUUGGCGAAAUGGGGGAGGCCGCAGACUUGUAGUGAUGACCCAAAGAGAGUGUAAAAGGUGAUAAAAGCGCAGAGUGCCGAUGGAAGUGUGAAACAUGAUUGCAGCAUCUUUCUGAAAAAUGGUUUCUAGCUUACAAUGUCAAAACAUUUUAUAAGAAUGCGUGCCCUCUUUCCUGCAUACAAUAUUUCAUUUUUGGUAGCUUUUCCUCCUUAUAUAAUAAAGAGAGAUGCACAGCUUUGAAAGGGAUUUAUGAUACUUGCACAGCGUCUGAUAGAGAACAAGAAGUAAUAAUCUAGCAAUUUGUUUAAUUGGGAUUUUCA